AUGGCCCGCGCUAUUGGUAUUGAUUUAGGCACAACAUACUCCUGUGUUGGUAUCUUCCAACAUGGUAAAGUUGAAAUUAUUGCAAAUGACCAAGGUAACCGAACAACACCAUCCUAUGUUGCAUUCACCGAUAGUGAACGUCUCAUCGGUGAUGCGGCUAAAAACCAAGUAGCCAUGAAUCCUAACAACACUAUCUUUGAUGCUAAACGACUCAUUGGCCGUAAAUUCGAUGAUGCUACUGUUCAAGCUGAUAUGAAACACUGGCCCUUCAAAGUUAUCAAUGAAGGUGGCAAGCCCAAGAUUCAAGUUGAGUACAAAAAUGAAACCAAAUCAUUCACUCCUGAAGAAAUCUCAUCCAUGGUUUUAACAAAAAUGAAAGAAAUUGCUGAAGCUUAUCUCGGUAAAAAAGUCUCCGAAGCUGUCAUCACUGUUCCAGCUUACUUCAAUGAUUCCCAACGUCAAGCAACAAAAGAUGCCGGUGUUAUUUCUGGUCUUAACGUUUUACGUAUCAUCAACGAACCGACAGCUGCUGCUAUUGCCUACGGUUUAGAUAAGAAAGUCUCUGGUGAAAGAAACAUUCUCAUCUUCGAUUUGGGUGGUGGUACUUUUGAUGUCUCAGUACUCAAAAUCGAAGAAGGUAUCUUCGAAGUCAAAUCAACAGCUGGUGAUACCCAUUUAGGUGGUGAAGAUUUCGAUAACCGAAUGGUGUCACACUUCGUUCAAGAAUUCAAACGUAAAAAUAACAAAGACUUAUCGCAAAACAAACGUGGUCUUCGUCGAUUACGUACAGCUUGCGAACGUGCUAAACGUACAUUGUCAUCCUCAUCGCAAGCCUCAAUCGAAAUCGAUUCACUCCAUGAAGGUAUCGAUUUCUAUUCAACAGUAACACGUGCUCGUUUCGAAGAACUUUGCGCCGAUCUUUUCCGAUCAACACUCGAACCAGUCGAAAAAGCUUUACGCGACGCUAAAAUGGACAAGGCCAGCAUCCAUGAAAUCGUACUCGUUGGUGGCUCAACCCGUAUUCCAAAAGUACAAAAAUUACUUCAAGAUUUCUUCAACGGAAAAGAAUUGAACAAAUCAAUCAAUCCAGAUGAAGCCGUCGCUUACGGUGCAGCUGUUCAAGCCGCUAUUCUCACUGGUGAUAAAUCAGAAGAAGUCAAAGAUGUGCUUUUACUCGAUGUUGCUCCACUUUCAUUGGGUAUUGAAACCGCUGGUGGUGUUAUGACAGCCUUGAUCAAACGUAAUACAACCAUUCCAACCAAACAGACUCAAACGUUUACAACCUACUCAGAUAACCAACCUGGUGUUGACAUCAAAGUCUACGAAGGUGAACGUUCGAUGACACGAGACAAUCAUUUACUCGGUAACUUCGAACUCUCUGGCAUCCCACCUGCUCCACGUGGUGUACCACAAAUUGAAGUUACAUUUGAUAUCGAUGCCAACGGUAUCUUGAACGUCUCUGCCGUUGAUAAAUCAACCGGUCGUGAAAACAAAAUCACCAUUACAAACGACAAAGGUCGAUUAUCCAAAGACGAUAUCGAAAGAAUGGUUUCUGAUGCUGAAAAAUACAAGAAAGAAGAUGAAGCUCAACGUGAACGUAUUUCAGCUAAGAAUUCACUUGAAUCAUACUGCUUCAACAUGAAAACAAGCAUCAAUGACGACAAGAUCGCCUCCAAAAUUUCAUCCGAAGAUAAAGCUAAAAUUACUGAAACCAUCGAAUCAGCACUCAAAUGGAUGGAAACCAAUCAAUUGGCCGAAAAAGACGAAUUCGAUCAUAAACUCAAAGAAGUUGAAAAAAUCUGCUCACCAGUCAUGGCCAAACUUUACGGAGGUGAUGCUGGCGCUGCUGGUGGUGCUGGUGCUGGUAUGCCCGGUCAUGGUGGAGCUAAAUCUGGUGGCGGCAAGGGACCAACAAUCGAAGAAGUCGAUUAA